AUCCUUUUUCAAUGUGUUUUGUGGGUUGGCGGAUGGCCAUUCUCCACUUUAGGGCUCUCCAUUUUCUUCCAUCGUUGUUCAUCCCGAUGUUCUUCAAGGUCUCAUUCCCAGACCAUCGUAGAGAUCCUGAAAAUCAGCCCAGAAUUUCACAUAAGGGUGAGGGCUGGAUUGAAAUGCACCAGAAAAAUGUUUUUUCUCCAUCCAGGAGAAAAUCCAGGCUCACAUGCAGAUCCUGAAGGAAAAGAAGGAAAAACUGCAGGGGCUGAAGGAGGCUGAAGAAGGGAAAAGCCUGGAAUUCCUCGAGAAGGUCCAGCAGGAGAGGCAGAAGGUGGUGUUGGACAUCAAGGAGCUGCAGAAGUUCGUGGAAGAGCAGGAGCGUCUCCUCUUGGGGCGGCUGGAAAAGCUGGACCAGGAAAUUGUGAGGAGAAAAGAGGAGAACCUGGCCAAGAUCCUGGAGGAGAUUUCCUCCAUCAGUGAGCAGAUCCGUGAGCUGGAGGAGAAAUGCCAGCAGCCACCGUGUGAAUUCCUACAGGACAGCAGGAACAUCUUGAGCAGGCUGGAGAAUGAGAAAUCCCAGAAGGUGGCAGAGAUCUUGCCUGGAGCAGAAGAAAACCCAACCAGCCCUGCUCAGAAAAACACCUCCCUCAAGGAGACACUGAUGCAGUUUCGAGGUAGGGAGGAGAAGGGUUGAGUUUGCAAUAGAUUU